AUGGCUCAGCAGCCGCACCAGACACCACCGUCCACAACAGCACCAGAAGAGAGACCAUACCCUCUCCGGGAAAACAGGAAACCAUCCAAACGGUUCUUAUCAGAUUACUUUGUUGGUGUUCAGCAUGGAACUCAGUCGUUGUUUAGAGACUUUUCCUUUGUGAAGGCUUCACCUCAAAAUCGUCUCUCUCUUGUUAAACUAUUUUAUCGCUGUUUCAAACCUAUUGAGUUUCUCAAGCUUUGUCUUGAGGUAUACUCAAGUGUCUUGGCUGCUGCUAUUAGAGCCAACUCAGAGUCAACAGCAUCCAGAGUGAUGGUGGUACCAACCUCUACCAUUUUAUCAACAAAACCCAAAGACAGCAAAGAUACAAUCACUACGACAGUUCCUGAAAACGUUGAUUCUCUCGUGUUUAUUGGUUUAUUAGAAAAACAGUUGGAGUGGAGGAAGUUGUCCUGUUAUCCUCCUAUGGACGUCCUGCGUCAUAUAUUGAAAUACAAACAACGUGUAUCUUACUAUGAAUUUGUUAGCUUGGCGGUGAAGUCAGAGGAAGUCAGUGAACACUUGGGUGCAUUGCCCUCGAGUGAGAAACUAUUCGCAUGCUCUCUGUCUCCAUCUACUUUUAGAAAACAAUCGCAUACUUAG